GGCUGAGGCCUCUUUGGAGGAAGAUGGUGACCGUCAGCGACCUGCCCCCGGACAUUCUGGAGGAUGUCUUGUCCCUGGUCCCUGGCAGGGAUCUGGUCAGCAACUGCCGGCUGGUUUGUUCGCAGUGGCGCACCGUGGUGGAUCUGCCUGCCCUGUGGAAGCGCAAGUGUCAGCAGGAGGGCUACUGUCUCCUGGCAUCAGACAGAAGUGUCCAGGACUGGAGGACCUUCUACUUCCUCUCUGUUAUGAAGAGGAAUUUAAUCAAGAACCCAUGUGGCGAAAAGGGUUUGAAGUUCUGGGAAUUCAAGUCAAAGAAAAAGAAAGUGUGGAAGAUUGAGAAAGCUCCAGAAGCCGAUGUUUAUUUUCCCCACAUUCGGAAAUGCUUUGUCGCCUACCAUUUGUGUACCUUCAAGCAUCAGCUGAUCACCUUAAAGAAGGAAGGCUACUGGGACGAGCUGAUGGAUGAGACCAAGCCCGAUAUCGUGGUGAAGGAUUGGUAUUACUUUAGCCCCAACUACCGGUACGAAUUGUGUGUGAAACUGCUCUCCGCAGACUUCAGCGUCCUGCAAGAAUGUUGCCCUGAAAAGUUCCUCAGGAAUCAGGAGAGAGGCGAGGAUAAAUGGUGUGAGGUUUCGUACACCUUUCAUGACUACCCAGCCGGGGUCCGUCACAUCCGUUUUAUCCACGGGAACGAAGGUUGGGCCUAUAUGAGGGUCACCAACAGCAGUGUCACCGUUGGCCCAGAAGCUGCACAGCGAGGAGAAAAUCCCGGACCCCGUUUGCCAGAUCAGCUUUGUGAUCCACAGAAACAGCCCUGCUCUGUCUUCUGACUCUUUGGGACGUUAAGUGGCGGAGUGGUUAAGAGUCCAGCCGAGGUUCCAGGUUCGAGUCUCGGCUACCGCGCGGCCUCACUGUGUGACUCUGGACCGGUCACUCUCUCUCUCUCAGAUUAACCGACCUUGCAGGGGGGUUCUUGGAGGACAAAGUGGAAGAGAGGGAAAUGAUGUUGACGCUGCGCUGGAACCCCAUUGAGGAGAAAAGCGGGGCACAUAAGCAAGCAACGAAACAUGUUGGGGUCCUGCAAGGAAUCUUCGCCUCUAGAAUACUUUUAGCUUCAAGGGCUGUGAAGAUCCCAAUUCUCCUGUCUGCCUGUGUUUUCUGUGCAAUCCUUGUCAGUGUGUGUGCGCGCGUGUGUGUGUGCACAAGCGUGUAGCUGUUUCUUCUAAAGUUUUUGGCAAAGUCGUGCUUUUCUACAUGCAGAAAUCUCACACUUGUCUGUGGGUGGUUCAGCCUGGCUGCCCUAUGGAUAGGCAUUUGACUUUCAGGUUUGUUCCAGAGCCGGAUUAACAAUUAGGCGAAGUAGGCACUUCCCUAUGGGCCCCCACACCUUUAGGGGCCCCGGGCAGACUCCUCCCCCGUUUUUCCAGUUUGGUGUGGUGGUGAAGUGUGCGGACUCUUAUCUGGGAGAACCGGGUUUGAUUCCCCACUCCUCCACUUGCACCUGCUGAGAUGGCCUUGGGUCAGCCAUAGUGGUUAAGUGAGUGGACUCUUAUCUGGGAGAACCAGGUUUGAUUCCCCAUUCCUCCACUUGCACCUGCUGGAAUGGCCUUGGGUCAGCCAUAGCUCUGGCAGAGGUUGUCCUUGAAAGGGCAGCUGCUGUGAGAGCCCUCUCCAGCCCCACCCACCUCACAGGGUGUCUGUUGUGGGGGAGGAAGGUAAAGGAGAUUGUGAGCCGAUCUGAGACUCUUCGGAGUGGAGGGCGGGAUAUAAAUCCAAUAUCUUCUUCUUCUUCUUGUGGGGGGAGAAGAUAUAGGAGAUUGUAAACCACUCUGAGACUCUGAUUCCGAGAGAAGGGCGGGGUAUAAAUCUGCAAUUCUUCUUCUUCUCCCUCCCCCAUCUGCCUGCCUUCCUUCCUGUCUUGCAGCUCUCAAACAUCUGAUGUUCACAUCUUGUGGCUCUCAAACAUCAGACCAAUUUCACACUAGACCUUUAAUCCUGGCUUAGCCCUGUCCGCAAGCUGACAUUCUACACUAAAAUCAUAGAAUCAUAGAGUCAUAGAGUUAGUUUCUCUGAUUCUAGUGUAGAAUGUCAGUUUGUUUAUUCCAUGUGGCUCUUAUCUUAAGCAAGUUUGGCCUAAAAGAUCUUUGGACUAAAGUUUGGACUAAAAGAGCUUUAUUUCCCCAUAUUUUUCUCUAAUUUGAGAACAUAAGAAGAGCUCUGCUGGAUCAGACCAGUGGUCCAUCCAGUUCAGCAUCCUGUCUCACACAGUGGUCAACUAGUUCCUCUGGAGGCCCAACAACAGGGCAUAGAGGCUGAGGCCUUCCUCUGAGAAGAACAUCGGAAGAGCCCUGCUGGAUCAGACCAGUGAGGGUCCAUCCAGUCCAACCUCCUGUCUCACACAGGGGCCAGCCAGUUCCUUUGGAGGCCAACAAGAGGGCAUAGAUGCUGAGGCCUUCCUCUGAGAAGAACAUCGAAAGAGCCCUGCUGGAUCAGACCAAUGGCCCAUCUAGUCCAGCGUCCUGUCUCACACAGCGGCCAACCAGUUCCUCUGGAGGUCCAGCAACAGGGCAGAGAGGCUGAGGCCUUCCCCUGAGAAGAUUAUCAGAAGAGCGCUGCUGGAUCAGACCAGGGAGGGUCCAUCUAGUCCAGCCUCCUGUCUCACACAGUGGCCAACCAGUUCCUCUGGAGAGCCAACAUCAGGGCAGAGAGGCUGAGGCCUUCCCCUGAGAAGAACCUCAGAAGAGCCCUUCUGGGUCAGACCAGUGAGGAUCCCUCUAGUUCAGCCUUCUGUCUCACACAGUGGCCAGUCAAUUCCUCUGGAGGGCCCACAAAAGGCCAAAGAGGCUGAGGCCUUCCUCUGAGAAGAACAUUAGAAGAGCCCUACUGGAUCAGACCAGUGAGGGUCCAUCUUGUCCAGCAUCCUGUCUCACACAAUGACCACCCAGUUUCUCUGGAGGGCCAACAACAGGGCACAGAGGCUGAGGCCUUCCCCUGAGGUUGCAUCCUGGCUCUGAGAUUUGGAGGUUCUUCUCAGCCACCAUGGCUAGUAGCCAUUGAUAGACUUAACUACCAUUAAUCUAUCUAAUCCCCCUUUAAAACUGUUUAUUCUUGUGGCCAUCACUACAUCUGGCAGUGAAUUUGCAUGAUGGCCCAACUUUCUAAUACAUUUAUUACUGUAUUUUUCUGAACCAUUCUACUAUAUUACAGCUCCAUUACUUGUAUAAGAAUACCAUCAGAAUUGUAACGUUUUGCACAGUUUGUGGAAUGCCAGAAGUGUGGAAGCCUUUCUGACUUCCUUGGGCAGGGCAUUCCGGACGGCUGGGGCCACCACGGAGAAUGCCGUGUAUAAUGGUCAGGUGUUGAUCUUGCCCAUUCAGCACCCCCAGAAGGCACUGCUCUGUCCUGGCAGACCAGCAGUUCUGCAGAUUUGAAAGUCCAAAACCAUGAAGGGCUCUGUAAGGGACAGCCGAUACCUUGAAUUGAUUACACUGUGGCUGUGUAAUCCACCUUCAGCCUUGGUGAGAAAAGUGGACUAUAUAUAAUGUUAAUAAAUAAACGUUCUCUUAUAAAAA